AAUGGCCGCCCGUCAACCGACUGACUCCACGGCGCUUUGAAAUUUAAAUUCUUCUGCACAUUAAGGUUUACACUAUUAUAACAUUAGUACUUAUUUACAAAUCGGUAGCUUACUACGAGUGGAUUUCGUCAUCUGCCAGUUACUUGACUCUACGCUCAGACGUUGCUGUUUUUGUAGCUUCGACGAAUGCCUCAAAAAGCUAAAAAAAAGAAAAAAUCGCACUGAAGCACUUUAGCUAAGCUAGCUAGCACGCUAGCAUAACUUCAUAUGUGAUUCCUAAGAAGAGAGGAGUAUUAAGCCAGGAGCAGCAGUUCAUGGAAGACAAGAAAAGGAAAAAAGAAGAGAAAAGAAAAAGGGAAGGCUCUCAGAAGGUUACGGAGCAAAAAAACAAAGUGCCAGACUUGAUAAAGUCUGCUGCUGCCCAGUCUCCUGCCACUCACAGCAGCUCUGCCUCCCCCAGCCCUGGACCCACCCCUUCUCCAUGUCCAUCUCCAGCAACCUCAGGCCCUAGCAGCGCUGCCACCCCGUCCCAGGGCGGCAACAAUGCCAAGCGUCUGGCAGUGGCCAACGGACAGCCCACCUCCACCACUAGUUCUUCCUCCACCACUGGCAGUCCCAGUGCUGCUGGAAACAGCAGUACAGGUAGCGGAGGCGGACCUCAGGCGUCUCAGCAGCCACCACGCUACAUGCCGAGAGAAGUGCCGCCACGAUUCCGCUGCCAGCAGGACCAUAAAGUGCUACUGAAGAGGGGUCAGCCACCACUGUCCUCCAUGCUGCUGGGAGGUGGGGCAGGAGGGGAUGGCCCGAAUUCAAACAUGGCUACUGUCUCAGAUUCUGGCAUGGCUGCAUCCUCAUCAGCCCUCACCUCAUCAUCAGUUGCUGCUUCUACAACUACUUCUAAUUAUGCAAAUUCCAUGUGGGGGGCAAGCUCAAGCAGCCAGGUUUCCUCUCAGGGCAGGGAGAAGGUCAUUGUUGAUGGCAAUGACCUCGAGGAGUGGCCCAGUAUAGCCGGCAGUGAUGGAGGAAACAGUGGCAACAAUGGAAUGCCUGUGAAUAGCAUCAGUGCCUCUGGCAACCAAUCCUCUCCCACUUCCUCAUUCUCUUUGCCCAAUGAAUGUAUGCAGUCGUCCAACAGUGUGGCAUGGGGGACGACUGCUUCCCAGGGUCAUAUUGGAGGAGGUUCUGCAGUAGCUGCAGCUGGGCCUCUGCUACAACAGCCCUCCUCAUUUUCCAAAGCCCCCGCUGUGCCAGGGUGCCAUGAUGCCAGUGGCCCCAUUGAUGGUAGCAGCGGGAUUCCAGGUGCCAACUUCAGUCCAAAUGCCAACCCUUCGGCCUGGCCUGCCCUGGUUCAGCAGGAUGGCCCCGCUGCUGCAGGGGAAGGAAGUUUAACUUCCUUCCCACACCAGGGCUCUGGAGGGUCCGCCAACAACUCUGCUUCCUCGGGCCUGGGAAGCGGGGCAGUCGGGGUGCUGGGGGGUCACCAAUCUAUAUCUGUGAAUCUGUCAAGCGCCCAUCAGCACCAACUUCACCAAAUGCAAUCCAGAGACAGAGAAAUGGGAGGGGGAAAGUGGGACAGUGAAUCAGCAGGACCAAAAAUUGCAGGGGGGGAAGGGAUUGGGGGUGGAAUGGAUCACAGUGUGGGAGGAGGUGGGGUGAGCGUGGGAGACCACAGCCUUGCCUCCUCAUGGAGAGGGCAGCCUUCUUUCCCUGCAGCUAACUCCAAAACGGGUGCCUCAAGGACUGAUGGGUGGGAGGGUGGAGGAAGUGGAGGAUUAGGAACUGCAGAAGCGGACAAAGGGACCUCGGGUUGGGGAUAUCCUACAAGUGGGGUUAAUGCUUGGGGCAGUGGGGGAAAUGGUGGUCAAACCUCUGGGGUAUCUCAGGGAGGGUGGGGGUUAUCUGGAGUUGGAGAGGAAAGUGGGGGUUUUGGUAGUGAUUGGGGUGGGAGCUCUACUGGUAUCAGUGGAGCUAAUCCCAGAGGUGAGGAAAUGGGAGGCUGUAGUAGUAACAGCAGCAGUAGUGGAGGCAGUACAGCAGGUAACCCCCCUGCUGCUUCUUCCUCGUCUUCAACGACCACCACUACAGCCAGAGCCUGGGACAAUCAGAAAGGAGAAGUUGAAACAGGGGAGUGGAGUGAGGGAGGAGGACAGGGAGCAAGAGGAGGAUCUUUAUCUAGCAGUGGAAAUUCCAGAAGUGGGAGUGUGCCUAACGGUAAUCGUACACGCCGACAGCCACCUAAUACUGAAGCUGCCUUAGAGAACCUGCUCAGUCGGUCUGAUCUGGACCCUCGGGUCCUGUCCAACACAGGCUGGGGCCAAACACAGAUCAGACAAAACACAGCCUGGGACGUUGAUGAAUAUGCUGGUCAGACCAAAGGUGGAAUUUCAUCAGCUUCAUCGAGACAUCAAUCUUCUCUUGGUGGUCCUACACAGUAUUCUAGUGGACCUAGGACCCUAAGCACUGAUUCUAGGGGUUCGGGGGUCAGUCCUUCCUUGGUUCCUUCCACUGGGUCCUCUGGAGAGGGAUGGGAGAGCAGCAGUAACAGUAGUAGUAGUGGGGCCUCUUUGUCUGGGAGAGCUCCACCACCCACAUGCUCCAGCAUGCGGAAUCUUGGCGUCUCACAAUCUGGGCCAGUAACCACAACUGCUCCUGGUUUGUUGUCUGGGGUUAUACCUGGGCCUAGCCAGCAAGUGAAAGGUACAGCUUGGGUUGGAGGAGGAAAUGGGGUUGGGGAUGGCCAUGAGGCCAAAGGUUGGGGAAAUGAUGAAUGGAGAGCCUCUGGUAGAGGAGAAAAGGGAGGAAGAUGGGGGGAUAUUGGGCAGCAAAGCAACUCAGUUAGUGGAGAUUGGGGAGGAAGUCAGCAGGAGAAAGGGACAGGAGGUUGGAAAGAAAUGGGAGGGAAUGGAGCAGGAAGUGGGUGGGGAUCAGAACCGAAGGUUGGGUCGGGUAAGGAUUGGGUGGAACAAGAAUCCAAAUCAAGUAGUAGUGAAAGAGGUUGGGGGGAUGAGAGAAGGAAUGGAGGACACUCAGGUGGGGAUCCAGGUUCAGGUGGUUGGGGGAGCUGGGAUGAAAAUGCUCCCAGAAGAACCUGGGGAGCAGGAGGCAGUGGGGGAGGGGGGAUUGAUGCGGUCGGAGGUAUGGGGUCGAAACCUCAACAGAGUUGGAGCGGAGGAAACAAAAUGCACCAGAUGCCAAACAGCCAGUCGGGCUCUAUCUCAGGCCCACAGGCACAACUGCAACAGCAACAAUCACAGCCCCGUAAUCAGCAUCCACAGCAAGCAUUGGACCAAGGGGCUAUACACGGAGUUGGAGUGAGGAAAUUGAUCCCUCAAGCUCAGACACAGAACCAAAGCUCAGGCUGGAGCUCAGGACCCAUUCCUGGUGUCACUGGGGAAGUUGGAAGCGGAUCUGAACCAAGCGGUUGGGAGGAACCCUCACCCCAGUCUAUUAGUAGGAAGAAUGAGAUAGAUGAUGGAACAUCAGCGUGGGGUGACCCAACCCAUUACAAUUACAAGCCAGUCAACCUAUGGGACAAGAACAGUGGUCCUGCUGACCAGCAGCCACAUAGCCAGGGUCAGCCCCAGCCCCAGCCCCAGCAGCAGCAGCAGCAACAGGGACCUCCUGUACAGCAGCAACCCGGCAGGCAGCCAACAGGGCUCGGAGGCAACCGAGACUUCAACUCUGGCCAUGGAUCUACGAAAACUUCAACUAUGGAUUCAUCAGGCUGGGGCAGCACCUCUCCAGCUAGUGCUAAAGUAGAUAAUGGUACAACUGCUUGGGGAAAACCUAAAGAUGCACCCACUGGCUGGGGAGACCCUGAUGAUGCUGGAGGAAAGACUGCAUGCUGGGGAAACCCUUCCUCAAACCCAAACAGAUCUGGUCCAAAGUCUAUGCAAGAUGGCUGGGGAGACAAAGAGAGUUCAGUGACAGCCUCACGUCACUCGAGCUGGGAGGAUGAGGAGGAGGGAGGUGGCAUGUGGAACAGCACUGGUUCCCAGGGAAGCAGCUCCUCUUGGGGACAAGGAAGCAAUGGAGGCUGGGGACAGAACCACACUGGGAAGAAGCCCAGCAACAAGGGUCCGCUGAAGCCUGGAGGAGGAGAUUCAUGGAUGAGCCCCAUCAACAGACAGUUCUCUAACAUGGGCCUGCUGAAUGAGGAUUCCAGUGGGCCAAACAUUGACUUGGCUCCAGGUUCUCUUCAAGAGAAGAAGAUGGAAAGUGAGAAACGAGGCAUAGGAAUGAGUGAUUACAAUGGAGACAUGAGGAAAGGAGGAAGAGGAGGAGGCAGCGGGUUGAUUUAUCGUCCGCCUGGUAGCAAAGAGGCAGCACCAGGGGAUGCUGGGUCUUACUAUGAUAAGUCCUUGCAUUUGAUCAAUCAGGAUGGGUGUCUUGGGGAGGAGGGUCCUUGUUCUUUGUACUCACCACCCUCUGUCUGCAAGCCCCACACCCUCUUCAACCACUCUAUCCCCUGUAGACAAGGUAGUCACAGUAUCUUUGGCAGUACAGGAGGAAUGACUCAGUCAAGACACCAACCAAGUAUCCCACCGAUAAACCAGUCCCCAGGGAUACGAGCGCAAGUGCCUCAUCAGUUCCUGUCACCUCAGGUGCCAGGCUCCGUGCUGAAGCAGAUGCCCCCUCCCAGCGGGAGCUUAGGGGGUGUCGGUGGCAUGGGCGGGGUGGCAGGAGUCGGGGGAGGCGUUUUUCCUCCACAGCUGUCUCCUCAGCAUAUUGCCAUGCUCAGCAGCAUCUAUCCACCUCACAUCCAGUUUCAACUGGCUUGUCAGCUCCUCCUGCAGCAGCAGCAGCAACAACAACAACAACCACCACAGCAGCUGCUACAAAACCCGAGGAAGUUCAGUCCAAGCAUUCGGCAGCAGGCUGACCCUCAACAGCUGGCCAGAAUCAUGGCAGUGCUCCAGCAGCAGAGGCAGCACCAGCAGGUCGGCAGUUUAAGCAGCAGCUCCAAACUGUCCCCCUCCCACCAUGGUGGAGUUGGUCCCAAACUGCCUGGGUCUGAUCCCCUACCCCAUCCAGGCUUGGCUGGAUCUGUAGCUGACCUGCAACAGAAACCUUUGGGACCAUACUCAGGGUUUGGUUCUGGGGUUAACUUCCCAGGUCUUGACCUAGGUGGCUCGAUGGUGGGGGGGCCUGGAGGCAUGAAGGAUGUAGGGGGUCAACAGUCUCGUUUUAAAUGGAUGAUGGAAGGAAACUGUUCUCCUGACACAUCCUCACCUGAGAAUGCGUACCACAAAAAUGGUCCUGCCACCCCCAUAAAGAUGCCAGGGAGCUUGCCCUACUCUCAGUACGACAUGAUGGUUGGAGAUGGGCUGAGUGACAAUUGGCAUCGUACCCCCGGCAACAAGAUGGGCACCAAGCCAAACAACACACCAAGCUGGCCCCCUGAGUUCCAGCCUGGUGUGCCGUGGAAGGGAAUUGACCGUGUUGAUCCUGAAUCUGACCCCUACAUGACCCCAGGGAGCAUGAUGGGAAACGCAGUGUCCCCCAGUCUCAAUGAUACAGAGCACCAGUUGUUACAAGACAAUACUGACUCCACCCCUCCCCUGAACACCUUGCUGCCUUCACCUGGUGCCUGGCCCUACAGUGCCUCAGACAGCCCUCUCAACAAUGCACACAACUCAGCAAAGUACACUGACUACAAGACCAGCUGGCCUCCAGAGCCCAUUGGACACAAGUCUUGGAAGCCCAGCCCUGGCAGCAGCCAGACCCAGCUGUCCCGCCCACCUCCAGGCCUAGCCAGUCAAAAGCGACCUUCACCUUCCCCUUGGUCAGGAGGAGCUCCACGAUUGGCAGGCCGUGGCUGGGGCAGUGGCUCAAGCACCUCUGGCUUGACAUGGAGUGACGGCAGCUCUCGGGAAAGCUGUUGGUUGGUGCUCAGUAACCUCACACCACAGAUUGAUGGCUCGACUCUGAGAACAAUCUGCAUGCAGCAUGGUCCCUUGCUGACUUUUCACCUUGGCCUGACCCAGGGCACUGCUCUGAUUCGCUAUGGCUCCAAACAGGAGGCAGCCAAGGCCCAGAGUGCCCUCCACAUGUGUGUUCUGGGUAACACCACCAUCCUGGCAGAGUUCAUGAGUGAGGAGGAUGUGGCUCGCUACAUUGCACAUUCCCAGGCAGGGGGAGCAGGGAGCGGAGGAGCCGCAGCCGGCUCUGCAGGCUCGGGGCCCACAGUAACCUCCACUGUGGGUACAAGCAGUAACGGAGGGAGCUGUGAGAGAGGCGGAGCAGGAGGCAAUAGCGGAGGAGGAGUAGUAGAGGGAGCCUCCACAGCUGGAGGAGCAGGAAAUGGAGGCGCCACGUCUUCCAGCUCAGGGUGGCAAAGUCUGGACAGCACAGGCAGCUCAUCGGACCAGACUGUCACCCAGGGGCCCGGGCUUGGCAUCUUCACCCAGUGGAGCAGCAAUGGAACUGGGGUGGGCGGGGCUGGGGGUGUUGAGGCCGGAAGGCAGGGACUGUGGGGGGGGAUGGGGGGGGCAGGUUAUCCCAGCAGCAGCCUUUGGGGAUCUCCAGCACUUGAGGAUCGUCACCAGAUGGGUAGUCCCGCCUCCCUUCUACCAGGGGACCUGCUGGGUGGGGGGGCUGACUCCAUCUGAAGGUCUGACUGACAUAUUUACACCUGAGUUGUACCACAAAGUCAUACUCUACAUUUAUUUACAAGUAGAAAUGACAAGAAAUCAAGCUACACUGGUCAUCCAACACACAGACACUUACUAAAUACGACACACAGGCUACAUGCACACACACACACACACACAUCAAACCGCUUAACUUUAAAUGAAGACAUCAGUAAAACUUGAACUGGGGAAAAAGGUGAAAUCCAUUAAACUUUUUAGGACUUGACUGGAUAGCUCUUUGUCUUUUUACUCCAAAAUCCCACCAUCAGCAUCCAGAGAUCCAAUCACUCAGGCAUGCACUGUAAACAGGCUCAGCCAGAGUCGUACAUGUCAACAACUUUAGCUGUUGCUGUUUUUAGUGUGCCACUUUCUUUUCCUUUUUUUUGUAUUACUAUUUAAUGGUCAAAUCGCAAAAAUCAGACUUGCAGACUGAGCCCUCUUUAGACCUGGCUGGCAUAUUUCUGUGUUCCAGUUUUUUUUUUUUUUGUUUGUUUUUUUUUGUGGGUGGGGGGUGAAACGGAUCUGGAGGGGAAGGAUUGGGAGUUUGAGGAAAGUUUGGUACGGCACCACACUACUGAGUCCAAACGGUUGAUCAGCAACAUUUGAGAUGCAGAAAAGGAGGGGUUUUAGUAGGUACUGAAACGUCUACCUUGGUGGAAACAUGCCAUCGUUAAUGGGACCCAGGGUGAAGAAAGGAAACAACAAAAAAUAAACAUUAACCAAACUUGCACUAUAUGCCUCUUGGAGGAUGAUGUGAUGAAGAUGAGGGUGGUUUUGGGAGCGUCUGUUAUUGCUACUACGUUGAAUGUGCCCCCCCCCCCCCCCCCUCCCCUCCUUCUUGUCCAGGCGAGUUUCAGGUGAAAUGCUUUUGAGUUUGCAUAUAUGUGUGUAAGUAUGCGUGUGUAUGUGUGCGUGUUUGUGUAUGCUCGCUUUUGAACACUUAUCAGCUCCAGUCAGGGAAGUGAAUGGAUGUUAAUCUGACAGCUUGCAUUGGAAAGAAAGAUGGCGUGUGGAUGUGUACAUGUUUGCGUGCUCAGCUGUCUGGAUAUUGUGAUAGCUAAAAAAGUAAAAACAUUGGCACUAUUGCAUAUGUCUCUUGCGUUAUUUUUUUUUAUCAGCAUUUAUUUACUGUUUUUUGUUUUGUUUUUUUGUUUUUUUCAAAUGCAAUAAAAGAUGAAUGUUUUGUUUCUAAGACAAAGCAAACAACUGAAGGCAUUUCUGUAAAGAUGCCACGUCCUACCAUACCAAGCUGAGCUGGAACAGUGUUUUACAGACACGUUAAAGACAUUACCUGUUAUGUUUUACUGUGUUUCUCUUUGUUUUUAUGUAUCAAUUUAAGUCAGUCUUUAUUAUCACUCCUGUUCAGGAUUGUUUUCAUUUAUUUCAGAUGUAACAAAAAGGAGAGGAAGUUAAUUUAACUGAGAAAAGAACAAGAUAAUAAAGGUUGAAUUGAA